UUAGUAUUUUUAUACUAUUACUUACAAAUUUAUUUUACAGAUUUAUUAUUCAUUAAAUUUUCGUGUCAAUUUUUACUCAAUUAUCUCAACAGAAUGUUAUUUCGACUAUUUAUCUUAAAUUUUUAUAACUUUUGGAUUUUAAAUCAAAGUUCGAUGGUAUUCUGUAAUUUAGAUUCAUAUUCACACAAUCAAUUAGAAUAUAUUAUCAAUGUAUUCAAUUAUAUUCGUCAACAGGAUGGAUGGGAUUUAAAAUUGACGUAUAAAAUAAGGAUCAAUGAAAAAACAUAUCAAAAAUAUCAACUGAAACAUAUUUUAACGGAAGUGGAUAAAUAUAAUUUUAAGAAAAAAAUAACAAUGAUAAGCGAAUUAAUCAUUUUUAGGUACACUGAAUCUUUAAAAAUAUUUAGACAUUUAUUAAGUUGUUUUGUUGAGAAAUGUUACACAUAUAGGAAAUAUGAUGCAAUAAAUUUUAUUGAUUGCUCUAAGAAGUUGCGGACAGCAGUAAUAAAUUUAAAUCCCAUGUUUCGAAAAUUGUUAUAUGCCGUUGUUUUCUUAAGUAAUAUCAAUGACUAUCUAUAUAUUCAUUAUAAAUUGAAAUUAGUGAGUAUUGUUAAACAUAUAGGGCUAUUGUAUAGUCUGACAAAUAAAAAACUUCCUGAAUAUGAUGAUACAUAUAUGGCUAAUAAGAUGGUAGGAAGUAUUAAAAAAAUAAUUUGUAAUGCAUUAGACAAUAGAAUAAUAGUUGAGCUUGACCAUAUAAAUAGAUACUCUUUAUAUUUUAAUUCAUAUUCAGUUGAUGCUACUUUAGUGGUUAAGUAUAGUAUAGACCCGAAAUUAAAAAUAACUAAGGACACUGUUGAUGAACUUGUGGAAAUUUUUGAUUUGUAUACGGUUGUAACAAUUCAAGAUGAAUAUGAAGGUUUGGGAUUUGACAAAUUGAUCGUUUCUGAUACUAAGGAGCGAAUUGAGCAGCAAAUUUUGAAUUAUAAUAAAAAUAUAGAAGAAGAUAUAGAAAAAGAUGUAGAAGAAGAUUUAGAAGAAGGAGAAUUUAUACCAGAUUCUGAAUUUAGAUACGACAAAUAUUGAUUUGAAUAUAAUCGUUAGUUUUAUAAUAUUACAAGAUAUGAAAAAUUGUUUAAUAAUUAAGUUAAUAAUUAUUUUAUUCUAUGUAGCCUUUAAUUAAAAAAUGUUUAAAUUCAAAAAAAUGUAUUUUUAUUGAACCUGUAUUGAAACUACAAAAUAAUGUUUAUGACAGAAUUUGAAAAACAAUGUAUUGAGUUUCAAACAAUUCAAUAGUUUUUAAUUGAUUUUUAUGUUUUAAGAAAAA